CCGGCCCCGCCCGACGCUCCGCGCGGCGUCGCCGCCGCCCUUCUUCUUCGGGCCGUCGUCGACGAGGAGCGCGUCGAGGUUCAGCGAGUCCGGCAGGAUGUAGUAGCGGAUCGUCGACCCGCGGACGCUCAGCGCGUCGUACUUCACCUGGUUCUUGCCCUUGGGCGUCAGCGCGACGUUCCGCAGGAACGUGUUCAUCGAGACGUCGACGCCGUGCACCGUGCCCUGCACGACGGUGCCGUUCUUCAGCUCGAUCGUGACGCUCUCGUUGUUCAGCUUCAUGAGGAAGCGCACGAGCUUCAUGGUUCGCUCCUGCGCCGCCCGCGCGCGCGGGGCGGCGACGCUGCAGCCGAAGCAGGCCUCUCGCCGGCGGGGCGCGCGCAGCUGGCUGGCGUCAAGCCUCGACGGGCCGCUUUCGCUGCGCGUCCCACUAGCGUAACCGGAGCAGCUCUAAUGGCCCGCAAGUAUGCAAAA